UGAAACAAAGUAACCGGACACAAAAAAAACACAGACCCCAAUCUGACAUCUGUGUUUUUUUGUAAGUAAAUUUGUAUUCUAUCGUAUUGCUCCAUCCUAUAUCUCAUCCGAAAUUCGCCGAGUCGAGUUCGACUCACCCACCCUAACUCGUUCUCUCUCCUCCUUCGCCUUUGGUUCUAUCUGUGAGCUACCCACCCUGCCACUAUUUUUCCUCCACCUUCACCCACCCUCAUUCGCAUCCUUUUCGAAUUUGUAUCUGAUGUAUAUGCCAACACUUUUUAUAGUUGAAUAAUGGCUGUUGAGACUUCCGAUAAACCAAAUUUACCUCAUGAUUUUGACGAUGAUGAUGAUGCACCGAUAAUUUACAAAAGGAUUUCAAGUAAGAAAAACCAAACACAUUCAGAAGCAAGGAAGUCUAAUUCUCACAUUCACGAUGGACAGUCAUAUAGACAGACUCCUAAUGCACCUUCUUCGAAUGGCCAGACAUCUAGCUUGCAGAAAGGUAAUACUGCCCCAUCUCUUAAGCCAUCAGCCAUGAAGCCUUCUGUAGGUAUCUCAAGAACUCCAAAUUCUGUUGGCAACACUUCCUCUGUGAAGUUGUCUGUAGCAAAUUCAAAAUCACCUUCAUUGGGAGAUAAACAGAAAAUGUCCGUUGAUGUCAAGGUGGAACCAAAAUCUACUGAGCACAGUGGUAAAGAUUUCUGUGAAGAUUCAGAAGAUGACGAGGAUGAUAAACCGUUGAGUUUUAGGUUGAAGAAUUCUAACCAUGAUAACAAAGUGACGUCUGUUGUCAAGAAAUCUUAUGAAGACUCUGAUGAUGAUGAUGAUGUCCCUUUGGCAAAAAAGUUACCUCGUAAUUUGAAUUUGGGAACAACUAGCAAUAACCACGAAGACUCUGAUAAGAAGCCUAUUUCUAAAAUCCAGAAAGACCGACAAAAUGGUUCUGGCAUGAGUAAUAAACAGGAUAGGCCAUCUCCUUUGCCAGCUAAAAGACCACUAGAUAAUAGUAAUUCCUUGCAACCUUCUGUUAAGAAGCCUAAGGUCUCCGCUUCAGAUGCAUCUAUCAAAACUAAGCUAGUCUCUGAGAAACGUGAGCUGAAGACAGAGGAUGAUGAUGAUGAUGAUCAUAUUCCUAUUUCCCAGAGAAUAAAGAAACAAGGCAUGACAGGUGAUAAAUCAUCUUCCACGAAGAAGGUGCUUCAAAAGGUUACUAAAGUUAACAAGUCUAGUUCAAAACCUUUCAAGAAACAGACCAAGAAGAUAGUUAAAAAAUCAGGCAGUGGUUCAGAAUAUUCCAAAUCUAGCAAACUUCUUCCUAGCUCUGGUGAUGGGCAGAAAAAGUGGACUACUUUGGUUCACAAUGGUGUCAUUUUCCCCCCUCCUUACCAGCAGCACGGGGUAAAGAUGCUCUAUAAGGGGAGACCAGUUGAUUUGACUCCCGAGCAAGAGGAGGUUGCUACAAUGUAUGCAGUCAUGCGAGAUACGGAGUACAUGCAGAAAGAUAAGUUCAAGGAUAAUUUCUGGAAUGACUGGCGAAAGUUGCUUGGAAGAAAUCACGUAAUACAGAACUUGAAAGACUGUGAUUUCACUCCAAUAUAUGACUGGUACCAAGGUGUGAAGGAUAAGAAGAAGCAAAUGACCACCGAAGAGAAGAAAAUUUUGAAGGAAGAGAAAAUGAAACAAGAGGAGAAAUACAUGUGGGCUAUGGUAGAUGGUGUUAAAGAGAAGGUUGGGAAUUUUAGAGUUGAACCACCAGGACUGUUCCGAGGCCGAGGAGAGCACCCCAAGAUGGGAAAAUUGAAAAGACGCAUUCAUCCAGGUGACAUCACAAUUAAUAUUGGAAAGGAUGCCCCAAUUCCUGAAUGUCCUAUUCCUGGUGAAAGGUGGAAGGAGAUAAGACAUGAUAAUACAGUUACCUGGUUAGCCUAUUGGAGUGAUCCUAUAAAUCCAAAGUUAUUCAAGUAUGUGUUUCUGGCUGCUAGUAGUUCGUUGAAGGGGCAAAGUGACAAGGAAAAGUAUGAGAAAGCUAGGAUGUUAAAGGAUUAUAUAGAGAACAUUAGGUCUGCAUACACAAAAGAUUUUACCAAUAAAGAUAUUACUAAGCUGCAAAUUGCCGUUGCUACUUACCUUAUUGAUAAACUAGCUCUGAGGGCUGGCAAUGAGAAGGAUGACGAUGAAGCUGAUACUGUUGGUUGCUGCACAUUAAAAGUAGAGAAUGUGACAAGAGAACCUCCCAACAAACUCAAGUUUAACUUCCUUGGUAAAGAUUCUAUCAAGUAUGAAAAUACAGUUGAGGUGGAGCUUCCUGUAUAUAAUGCAAUAUUGAAGUUACAAAAAGAUAAACGUCCUGGUGAUGAUCUUUUUGAUAAGUUGGAUACAAGUAAAUUAAAUGCUCAUCUGAAGGAACUCAUGCCUGGUCUAACAGCAAAAGUCUUCCGUACAUUCAAUGCAUCAAUCACAUUGGAUAAUAUGUUAAAUCAAGAAACUAAAGAUGGAGAUGUUGGGGAGAAAAUUGUUGUUUAUCAGCAUGCAAAUAAACAGGUUGCUAUCAUUUGCAAUCAUCAACGUAGUGUUUCAAAGUCUCAUGAUGCACAAAUGUCAAAGUUAACUGAAAAAAUUGAUGAACUUCAGGCUGUUCUGAAGGAGCUGAAAACGGAUUUAGACAGGGCAAGGAAAGGAAAACCCCCUUUAAAGAGUUCAGAUGGAAAGACAAAAAAGAACUUGACUCCUGAAGUGUUAGAGAAAAAGAUGUCUCAAACCAAUGCAAAAAUUGAGAAGAUGCAACGUGAUAUGAAGACCAAAGAAGAUUUAAAAACUGUGGCAUUAGGCACAUCCAAGAUAAACUACCUUGACCCUAGGAUUACAGUUGCCUGGUGCAAGCGGCAUGAGGUUCCUAUUGAAAAGAUUUUUAACAAAUCUCUGCUGGCGAAAUUCUGUUGGGCAAUGGAUGUGGAUCCUGACUUCAGAUUCUGAGAAACUAUAGAAUGGAGCUAUGUUGUGAUGCUGGGGAAAAAACAGUUCUUUUUCACUUAUUUAUUUUCUAUAAAAAUGAUUUUUUUCUAUUUUGUCAAUUUUAACGGAAAUUGAUGCUGUAAGUCCAUCUAAUCUAAUUAUGGGGUGAGUUUCCCCUUUUCUUCUUCA